AUGGAGGUUACCAAGCAAGAGCGUGACGCUCAGUUCAAGGCCCUGAUCGACAUUCUGCAUAGCGUGCCUCACGACAUCUUCAAUGGCUUUGACAUCACUCGGGCUCAUUUUGAGUCUGCGGGUGUUGAGAUUGGGGUAGACAUCUUGGUUCCCAAGAGAAAACGUACGACAGCCAGACCUGUUAUUGUGAGAAUACACGGCGGGUUUCUUACUUACAAAGCCAUUCAGAUUACAGGAUCAAGUCUUUUCCCAGCUUGGUUCUCCAAAUGGAUUCUAGACUUUGCAGAUGAGCACGAUGCCAUCAUACUCAGUCCAAACUAUCGCCUUCUUCCAGAAGUCAAAGGGAGGGACAUCAUACGGGAUAUGGCCAACUUCUGGGCCUGGGUACAAUCAGGAGGUCCUGGACGACACCUUGCCUCAGUUGGACGGUCCAGUAUCGCAAUGAAUUUGGUCCAAACUCUGCUUGUGGGUGAAAGCGCAGGCGGAUAUCUAGCUUUACAGUCUGUGUUGUCAGGGUUUACGAGCCCCAAGGCCAUGAUUGCUCUCUAUCCCAUGAUAGACAUGCAGUCAGCUCAUUAUACAGAACCCUAUCAGAAACCGAUUGUAGGAAUUUCCAACUAUCCUCGGGAAACUGCAGAUAGCUUCAUAUCAGCUACUGCUGGGAAUUCCGCCAUCACGGAGGCAGACCCGCCCACAAGACUGGAUUCUGCCAUAGCCGUGGUCCAGAACUGUCGUUUCCUUGACAUCUUGGGUCGGGAGCCAGAGCUGUUUGUCCUUGAACGCAUAGAAGCGGGAUUACUACAUCAAAGAGAGCCUGGAAAGCCACUUCUUCCGCCAUUGUUUCUGCUUCACGGUGAGAACGACACCGCGGUUCCAGUUGAUGGCACAAGGAAGCUCGUCAACAUACUGCAAAGGUCACACCCAGAUACCAAGCUGCACAUGGCCAUUCGCCCAGGUGAUCAUGGUUUUGAUUUCUCUGCCACCACACAGGAUGUUUGGUUACGGGAAGGCUUGGACUUUGUCACAGGCCCAUGGUUGAGUGAUAAAAGUCGUAUCUAG